CCUAAGUCAACAGAACAGGUUCAGUGGUGGAUUCUAUUAGAAAGGCUUCUCAGCUAGUCAAUCAACUCAGCAUAUUCUGCUAAAUGAUAUCACUGUCAAACAACUGACGAUACAUACCACCCCAAUCAGUAACACUAUGGGGGUCAAGAGGAGGACGCGCAAGUUUGCCCAAGUCAAAAGAGCAAUCAGUCUGCGUGAUAACCGCCUGAAGGAGAGUAAGGAGCAAAAGAACAAAAAGGAAACAACAGCACACAAUGAUCUCAUUAGAGAAGUACCUCAAGUCCCAUCCUCCCUCUUUUUCAAAUACAACACAGCUCUUGCACCUCCAUAUUCCAUACUAGUCGAUACGAACUUUAUUUCACACUCGAUCCAGAAUAAACUCGAAGUCAUACCGACAAUGAUGGACUGUCUAUAUGCAAAAUGCAUCCCUAUUGUUACGGACUGUGUGCUUGCAGAACUAGAAAAGCUGGGCCAAAAAUAUCGACUUGCUCUGCGGGUUGCAAAGGACCCCAGGUUUGAAAGGGUACACUGUGAUCACAAGGGCACAUAUGCAGACGACUGUCUAGUUGACCGUGCAAUUAAACAUCGUAUCUAUAUAAUAGCGACAAAUGAUCGCAACCUCAAGAGGCGAAUCCGUAAAAUUCCAGGUGUGCCUAUAAUGAGUGUCGCACGUGGAAAAUAUGUCAUUGAACAGCUUCCUGAUGCACCGGAGAAGUGAGCAAAUGGCAGUUGACUGGGUUUGACUCUACUAGCACCCCAUCAGCCCUGGGUACUACCAUAUUCCGGCCAUUUUAUCCCAUAUAUGGCACCGAGUGCACAGAUACAUUUUCGAAUGUAUUCCAUACAUUUGCUUGUCCAUAAUUAUUAACUUGUUCUCCCCCACCCGGGGUAAGGCCUGGAAAAUGGCAUGACCACGCUAAUUUGUCUUUUACAUGGUCAAGGAUAGCAAGGUUUCAUCAUAGCGCUGUACAUCUGAGUGAUGAUAGUGCAAUAAAUAUGCAUGGACGGGCAGCUUGUGGCAAUUGAUGGUUUACUGUCAUGAUGGAUAGCUUGAUGCUUCAGUUUAAUAGCCAACAGA